AUGGUAGAAAUAUACGAUGAAAUUAUGAAAACGAACUUACGAGCUGUUGUUAUAAUCACUAGUUUGGCUAUUCCUUAUCUUAAAUUAACUAAAGGGAACGUCAUCAAUGUUUCAAGUGUGGACUCAAUGACCGUCAAAUAUCCAGGGCUAUGUGCGUAUGGCAUUUCUAAAGCUGGUAUUGACUAUUUUACAAAAUCAAUGGCACGUGAACUUGGUCCAUCUGGAGUGAGAGUAAAUGCUGUCAAUCCUGGACCCGUAAAUACAGAAAUGAUUGAAGGAAGUGAAUCAGAAUUUAUUGAUUUAACAGUGUUGGGACGAAUGUCAGAAGCUGAAGAAGUAGGUGAAUUAAUGUUAUUUAUCGCCAGCGAUAAAGCCAGGAGUAUAACAGGAUCUUGUUAUGUAAUAGAUAAUGGUUAUCUGUUAUAA